AUGGAAGCAUCAGAGCGAAGAUCAUUGCACGGUCUUGACAAUAUUGCAGCUGACGGCGCAGCAUCAUUUGUCACUCUACAAAACAUUAUUGACGAUCUUGAGCCGGCUGGUGGUGAAAAGACCGUAUUGAAUGACCUACGAAAAAGAGUCAGGGAGGAGGAGAUAUUAUUUGAAAGCAGAAUAUAA